AAUUGAUAUGGCUUGGACUAAAUAAAACUAAGGAGAAACAGCGCAUAAUAUGUGUAUCAACGAAAGGAGAGAAAGCCGAUAGAGAGAGGGAAGAAACUGGGAACCAAAGUCUGAUUCAGAGACCACAAUUGAAUUUUCCUUCUUCUUCUUUCUUUCUUUCUUUGUUGCUUGAUUACGUCCUUCCUUCCUCUUCCAUAAUUCCUUCAAUUAUUUCUUGGAUAUAUAAAUAAAUUUUUUUAUUUCAUUCAUUUUUAUGCCCGACAGAAAAAAAUGUCGAUCAACAUGAAAACCCUUACGCAAGCCCUGGCCAAAACAGCUGCGGUUAUUGAGAAAACCGUACAAACAACUGUACAGGAGGUAACCGGUCCCAAAGCUCUCCAGGACUAUCAGCUCCUUGACCAGAUCGGCUCUGCAGGCCCAGGUCUUGCCUGGAAGUUGUACUCCGCCAAGGCGCGUGACGGAACGCGCCCCCACCAGUACCCCACGGUAUGUGUUUGGCUGUUGGACAAGAAGGUUCUAUCGGAGGCACGUGCGCGUGCGGGGCUUUCCAAGGUGGCCGAAGAUUCUUUCUUGGAUCUGAUACGGGCCGAUGCUGCGAAGCUGGUGAGGCUCAGGCAUCCUGGAGUGGUCCACGUGGUGCAGGCUUUGGAUGAGAAUAAGAAUGCGAUGGCCAUGGUUACGGAGCCUUUGUUUGCGUCGGUGGCUAAUACACUUGGGAACGUCGAGAAUGUUGCCCAGGUUCCUAAGGACCUUAAAGGGAUGGAAAUGGGUUUGUUGGAGGUGAAGCAUGGUUUGCUUCAGAUUGCAGAAACCUUGGAUUUUCUUCAUAACAAUGCACGUCUUGUUCAUUGCGCUAUAUCACCCGAGAAUGUCCUGAUUACAUCGCAUGGAGCUUGGAAGCUUGGUGGGUUUGGUUUUGCUAUCUUAAAAGACCAGGCCUCUAGUGAUUUGACUAAUGUACAGGCCUUCCAUUAUUCUGAAUAUGAUACUGAAGAUUCUGUCAUUCCUCUUCAGCCAUCUUUGAAUUACACUGCACCUGAAUUGGUUCGUAGUAAAGCAUCUUCAGCUGGAUGUUCUUCUGACAUUUUCAGCUUUGGAUGCCUUGCCUACCAUUUAAUUGCUCGAAAGCCUUUGUUCGACUGUCACAACAAUGUCAAGAUGUAUAUGAAUACAUUGACAUACUUGUCCAAUGAAGCUUUCUCCUCUGUUCCACCAGAACUAAUCCAUGAUUUACAGAGGAUGCUCUCUGCAAAUGAAUCUAUCAGGCCAUCAGCAUUGGAUUUUACUGGUUCUCCAUUUUUCCGGGAUGAUACUAGGUUGCGCGCUCUUCGUUUCCUCGACCACAUGCUUGAAAGAGAUAACAUGCAGAAGUCUGAGUUUUUAAAAGCUUUAUCUGACAUGUGGAAAGAUUUUGACUCCCGUGUGUUGCGAUAUAAGGUACUUCCGCCGCUUUGUGCAGAACUAAGGAAUUUGGUUAUGCAGCCAAUUAUUCUGCCAAUGGUUCUCACGAUUGCCGAGUCACAGGAUAAAAAUGACUUCGAGCUAGUUACAUUGCCAGCUCUUUUGCCUGUCCUGAGCAGUGCUGCAGGAGAGACCUUGUUGUUGCUGGUGAAGCGUGCGGAGCUUAUUAUCGACAAGGCAAGUUCGGAGCACCUAGUAUCCCAUGUAUUGCCCAUGCUUCUUCGAGCUUAUGAUGAUAAUGAUCCUCGCAUACAAGAGGAAGUUUUGAGAAAAUCUGUAAUCCUUGGCAGGCAACUUGAUACACAGCUUGUGAAACAAGUCAUUCUGCCUCGUGUUCAUGGCUUAGCUCUGAAAACAACUAUUGCUGCGGUCAGAGUCAGUGCUUUGCUCUGCCUGGGAGAUUUUGUUAACACACUUGAUAGACAGGCUGUGUUGGAUGUCUUGCAAACCAUUCAACGUUGCACAGCCGUUGAUCAUUCUGCUCCAACACUUAUGUGUACGCUAGGGGUUUCAAACUCAAUUCUCAAGCAGUAUGGAGUAGAAUUCGCCACGGAGCAUAUCCUCCCUCUACUCACACCUCUUCUGACGGCCCAACAGUUGAAUGUUCAGCAGUUUGCCAAAUACAUGCUCUUUGUCAAGGAUAUUCUUAGAAGGAUAGAAGAAAACCGUGGGGUUACUGUAACUGAUUCUGGAGUCCCAGAUGUAAAACCUGCUACCACUGCCAACGGGUUUCAGUCUCAAGUCUUGAGCAAAGCAAAUGGAACUGUGGCUUCUGCAAAAAGCAGCCCAGCAUGGGAUGAAGACUGGGGUCCUACUACCAGAGCAGCUGCCAAUGCCAGUCACACUGCCCACCAGCCUCCCAAGGACAAUUUAUCCUUUCACUCUAUUUUGGGUGAUCAGUCAAUUCAAUCAGCACCCACACAAUCUCAAUCUUCCUUAAUAUCCACUGUAUCUAGCCAGCAAACAUCCAAUUCUUGUCCUGCAGUUGACAUAGAGUGGCCUCCUCGUCCAUCUUCAGGUGUUACUGUAGAGUCAGGCAUUGGCGAGAAGCAAUUAAAUGCUGGAACAUCUUUGUCAUCAAAUUUUGAAGAUUUAGAUCCUUUUGCUAACUGGCCUCCGCGGCCUAGUGCCUCCUCAAAUGACUCUGGAACCUUUAAUAAUGGUAUUAUGGGUGGACCAGGCAUGAACAAUUAUGGAUUCAGUUCUAUUACAAGCACCCCAGGCACCAUGAAUCACCCAACAGAGAGCAGCAGCAAUAGUUGGGGGUUCAGCAACCAGAACUCUGGGGAGAUACUAAGACCUAAUCAUGGGAGUUCAACCUCGAACACAGGUAUUUUGAACGGUGGAAGUUCCCAGAGCAGUAUUGGAUUCUUGAAACAAAACCGUGGUAUUUCAGCUUCAAUGAGUUCUUACAACAACCAGAAAUCAGCAGAUCUGGGUUCUAUAUUUGGUUCUAGCAAGAAUGAGCAGACUGCUCCAAAACUCGCACCGCCACCGUCAACGGCUGUGGGUAGAGGAAGAGGCCGAGGUAGGGGGGCAAGUUCAGCUUCAAGGACAACUUUUGCCAAGCCAACAUCCGAACAACCACCUCUUUUGGAUUUACUUUGAGAGGUGAGCGACACAAAGAUUGAGAAUAUAUCAAUGUGUUUUUGAUACAGCAGCUGCCAUCCCAAGCUUUGUCAGGUUCUGCUAAAAGCUAUUGGUUUGAAAGUAAAAAUUAGUCAUCUCGGAACGAGAGCCGUCAUGUUGGUAUUUGUUAUAUCUAUCAUAGCUUUGUUACGAGCUUGUUUGUAACUUUUUUUUGCAUUUGAGAUCCAUGUAACACGGUGCGUGUUUUUAUGUGAUAAAAAUGGUUUUUCUUCGAUUUC